UUGCUACCAGCCUUUAAAAACACAACCAUGGGUUGCUUUACGUGCAUCAAAGUGAUAAUGGUUAUAUUCAACGUCCUCAUAUUUCUCGGAGGUGGUGUUCUCCUCGGAGUUGGCAUCUGGGUCACCGUGGACAGUUCUUCUUUUCUGAAGACGUUUGCAGGAUUAUCGGCAGACACUGCUGCACAGUUGAUAAAUGUCGGCUACCUUCUCAUUGCUCUUGGAUGCCUACUGAUCAUACUGGGCUUCCUGGGAUGCUGUGGAGCUCAAAAAGAGAGCAAGUGUCUCCUAAUCAUCUUUUUCACAAUUAUCCUGAUCAUCUUCAUUGCAGAGAUAGUUGGUGCUAUUCUUGUCUUGGUCUACUCUUCUCAGGCACAAACCUGGUUAGCGGGGCUCCUGAUACCUGUUCUACAGAAGGAAUAUGGCACAAACCAGGAUGUGACUAAACUGUGGAAUGCAACCAUGAUGGAUGCCAAGUGCUGUGGUCUAACUGGGUACAGCGACUUUAACAAUUCUACCUAUGUGCAACAGCACAGCAGCCAAUACCCAUCUUUCUGCUGUAACAACACAUCACCCUGUACAGCAGCUGUGGCGAACACUGCCAAAAUACCGGGCUGUUUUCAGCAUAUUCUGGACCUUGUAAAACAGAACGCACCUAUUGUGGGCGGUGUGGCGGCCGGUAUCUGUGCAUUGGAGCUGGCGGCUAUGAUCGUGUCCAUGUAUCUCUACUGUCAAAUAGACAAAGGUGGAAGCGUCCACUAACCGAAGAAGAAAUCUGCUGAAAAUGAUUUGUGUACAUUGUAUAAACUGACAUUUAAUACCAAAUAAUAUAAAGAAACAUGCAACAUGAA